UCUCCGUGGACGGUUUAACUUUGCCUCUAGAAGUUGAAGAUACCUAUCGUUUGUUUUGUUGUUGUAUUUAAUAAUAUUAUUAAAUGAAUGAUUAAACGAAUCUUUAGUUACCUAAGAUGCGAAAAUAGCGGUGCGCCGUUUACUGUAGUUUCUUCUCGUUUGAGGAGCUCUUGCGCUCUUAGGAACGCGUUGCUAUGACGACGCCAUGGCCGAGCUCAAGCAGCUAGAAGCUCUGCGAAGACAGAACAAACGUUUACUGGAAAAACUCACGAAACAAGCCGAAAUAGUACAUGAAUCGAAGCUGUCGCGCCCGGAUGAGGAGGUCGCGGGUCAAAGCUCCGUGUGUGAAGUGUUUACCGGAUGCAGCGGCCAACGCCGAGCGCCUUUAGCGGAGAGAAACGGAGAUCUGACGGUGACAGGACGCGCGAGCGUGGCGCGAGCUUCAUAUAAACCAAAAACAAAGCUAGAAACCUUUAAAACACCCGGUGAGCGGUUUGAUGGAGAUGGUAAAGUCCCCAUGCCAGAUCAACAUAAACACGACCACACUUCAGCCCUUACCGCGUACAGCAAACUGCUACAGGACACGGGCCACAGGAGAACCACGAGACUGAUACCGCCCAAAACAGCACCUCUUACACAGGAUAAGAUGCAGAGAGAUUUUGAAAGUACAACGUCUUUGUCCCCUGGGCAGGAGAAUGACACUGCAUCAGAGAGACAACGCAUACAGCCUUUACUGGGCUAUGAUUGGAUAGCAGGCCUAGUUGACGUAGAGAGUUCCCUUUCUGAACGCCCAGAGCACUUCUUCAGUGAACUGCAAAGCUUCCGACAGGUCAACCGAGACGAGUGUGUCCACAGCUUACUGUCAGGACCUCCACUUGUUGCUGAUCUUGCGUCUUCUACAGUUAAAGGCGAAGAGCCGCAGGAGCCUGCAGACAUGCAUCAGUGUACAUUUUGCUACAGAAUUAACAGUCGCUUAUUUGCAACCCCACUGGACCCACAAGCUGCAUGUCCAGUGUGCAAGAUGCCCAAAUCAAAUCAACCCCAUACUGAUGCAGAGCCAGCUAUCAUCAGGGUCAGUAUUCCUCGCUCCACUCUGUUGCCGUCAUACAAAUACAAUGCCCAUCGGCGCUGCAGUUUUGACCCCUCUGACAGUCUGGGUUUACCCUCACACUGUUUGUCUGGGUGGUCUAAUCCCACCCUGAACUCUGGCUCUCUGAUGAGCAGUCUGGAUCUACGGGGUUCCCUGACAACACCAGCAGCUGGGUCAACCCUGUCCUGUUCAAACAAUAAACUGCUUUUGCACGGCAGCUGCCCCAGUAAUUGUGCCAAUAGUGGUGCCGAAGGAUGCUCCGGCGAGAAGUACUUACGACAGGGACGCCCGGGCUGUGAACGCUGCACACAAAGAUGCUCCGCGGAAUAUAAUCAGGUAGAAGUAACUUCAUGCACUUCGGCACAUAAUCGUGUGUGCCACUGCAAACCUGGUUUCUUCUGUACAUACGAGAACAAUUAUGUCACGUUUUGCCAUAAACCGUGUGUUCCAUGUGUGCCCGGCACGUUCUCCAAUGUGUCCUCUUUGAAUCCAUCCUGCACCCCUUAUACAGAUUGUGUCAAAUCUGAAAAGAUGCUGAAAGAGGGUACAACGACAAAAGACAGAGAGUGUGGGCAUGCCAGGACCACGCCCACAAUGAUGACCACACCCACAAUACCAGCCACCCCAUCCAAAAUCAUCAUAGCCCAUUCUCGCACUACAGCCACAACCCCCAGCCACAGCCAUACAGACUUCACAACCAUCAACGCCAUGACGGUCCCCUUCAUCCAAACCAGCAACUCCCUCCCACUGUCACAUCCCAACCCGGAGGCAUCACCAACACAUCGAAUGCAUUCACGGUCUGCGACUGGGACUACUUCUGCAAGUACAGCACCAGGGGGCAAUCUGCAAUUGAAGGAUUCAGACACUAUGUCAAAAGACGGUCUGAUACUAUUGAUGUUACUGAUGAUACUGAUGCUGCUGGUGGCUGCAUUCUGCAUACUGAGAAAAAGCACUGCACUCAAAUCCUUUUACAAAUGGACAGGUUUCAUUUCUGGAAAGCAUGAACAUCCAGAUUGGAGGAAAUGUCAAGAUGCUCACCGUAUUUCAUCGAAUUCCCAAUUCCAGACCAUAGCCCAACUAAGUCGUAGCGUGGAGACCGAGUUACCUCUCUGCAGUGAGGUCAUAGGUCAGAAUAUGGGGGUGACGUCCAAUUCUGGGGGUGGACAGAGGGUCAGCAUGGAGCACAAUGUGAAGGGAGAGAAUGUCAGCAAUACUGUAGGGUCCAUUUACAUCUACUCUCCUGGCACGGUGAUCCUGGGCUCCAACUCGGGUGAUAAAAAGGAAGAUGCAGGAGUCUGCGAGGAAGAUGUUCCUCUCAUAAGUCCACCUCAGCAGGAGUCGACUCCUCCUUCGCAGGAGGUCAGGAUACGAAUGAGCGCACAGGAAGAGGAAGCGACUUUGAGUUUUCCUGUGCCUGCUACUGGAAAGUGAAAACUCAAUUUGUCUAGAAGGUCUUGAGUCAGUUUUUAAAUGGACCACAAUGCUGUCAACUCUUGGGCACUUGAGUCAGAGACCAAGAACUUACAAGCUGAAGGAUGAAAGAUACUUGUAGGCUAGCCCAACUAAGAUUGUGUUGUUAACAGUGUUAAGGGUCAGUUAAGGGUUGUGGGUCAAUUUCCACUGUAAGCCGAAUGUACAAAAUGUGUUAAUGUACAAGAUAGAAAGCGUGAAGUAGGCCUAAUGGAUUUUAAAACAACCAUUUUGCACAUUGAGAAGAAUAUUUAUACUUAGUUUUUAAACGUUUCUAAAUGUUCAAAUAUGUGGCUGAAAUUGCUGCUGUGGAAAAAGUACAGCAUGUUCAGUAUUCAUACACUGUUUGCAUCUCCAAACCAGUUUUUCCUCUUUGCAACGUUUUAUGUCUGCACACCGUCUACAAAUAAGGGUGAGAAAAAUAAGCACAAUGGUGUUUUGCAAUUUAACGUAAACGGUAUAAAACAGCUGUUGUAAAUAUAUUGUUUAAAGUGUAAAUGAAUGGUGAUGUUACUGUGUGAGUUUGUGUUACAUUGUGAGCGUGGGGGUGUUUAAUAUGCAUAUCUAAAAAUAUCUCACCCUUGGAAAGGUCUGAUUUUGCUUAUGUGGGAGGUCAAGGCAGCUUUUACCACACAUCUUGAAUAAAACUGUCUUUUAUUGUUGGUAAAAGUGGCUUUAUAUCCUCUUAAUGGAACUAGAUUCAUAUCACAGUGUGAUCAUUUCAACUGUAUUUAUUUUGUGUUGUUUUACUUGUUUUCGCAAGGCAGUCUGUAUGAAAGUUUUUUUGUAAUAUUUGCUUAAUGUGUGUUUAUUGUUUUUUUUUAUUAAAGAAAACAAUGUCUAUUCAUUUAACUCGUAAAAUGAACUCUGAUGUAUUCU